AAAAAAAGAAAUACAAGGCUUUAAACCCUCCUUAACCCCCUUAUCCCUUUCCCGGGCAAACCCAAUCCUCCACCGCCACCAACACUGCGCCGCACCCAACAUGGCGAUGAAGCUCUUCCUCAGACCCCACUCUAUUCCCCUCAUCACUCUCCCCCCAAAACUCCUCUUCCCCAAAAACCCAAAACCCCUCACCAUUUCUCUCUUCUGCUUCAACACUCAAGCCCAAACCCAAAUUCACUACGGACCUUCCCUCCACAAAGGAACCAAACCAUCUUCUCAAUCCCAGAAUCCCCAACAACAACAAGAAGAGCAAAGUGACUUAAUGUUCGACGAACAAAGCUUCACUCGAGUAUUCGACCUCACAGCACUUCGCGUCCCUGCAAAAGACUGUUUUGCCCUCGAAAGCCGCCUCCGUGGCCAUCUCCUGAACUGGCCUCGCAUUCGCAACGUUGCCCGAGUCCCAAACGACGACGUCGACCCCAGCCUCCUACCCCUAUUAGGUUCCACAAUUCAACAAGAAGAUCUCGUUUCGCUCGAGCGAAGAAUUCACGGUAAAGCCGAGGGAGACGGCGACGUUUUGAGCCCGGUGCUGUACAGGGACAAGCUUGCCAGGGAGUUUAACGCUCGAGGGUUUAUCAAAUUUAGGAACUUAGCGAAGAUUUCGCGGCCGAAGAGGAAGAAGAAGAAUGUGAAAGAGGAGGAGAGGAGUGAGGGCAAUAAGGGAAUUGGGAAGAGUGAGAUUGCUUUGGUGGAGGUUGUGGAGGAGGAGGAAGGAGAGGGGGAUUUGAAGGGUUUGUUGGGUGAUGAGUUCAAGGGAACGAGGCGGAAGUGGAGUGGUCCGACGAGGUUGUUGCUUUUGGAUGAGAGGUACGCGGCGAGGAAGGCCGAGGAGUUGCCUGAGGCAAUCAAGGUUGUGUUGAAAGAAGAUACGGGGCAAAGUACAAGAUCAACUUUUGAGCUUGUUAGAUGCAAGCUGACAUUGUUUUAUGAUUACUGGCAGAUGGAUGAGAUCUUGGAGGCCUUGCUACCAAAGGGUAUAAUUGUUCCAUCGGCGUUUGAAACUGUUGGGCAUAUUGCUCACCUGAACCUGAGGGAAGAACAUUUGCCAUACAAGAAUCUCAUAGCAAAGGUUGUUCUGGACAAGAAUAAGCCAAAGAUACAAACAGUAGUCAAUAAGAUUGAUGCAAUUCAUAACGACUACAGAACAAUGCAGUUGGAGGUCUUGGCUGGAAACCAUUCCCUUGUGACAACAGUUGUUGAGAAUGGAAUGCGAUUUCAUGUUGAUUUAGCAACAGUAUAUUGGAAUUCAAGGCUUGCAACAGAAAGACAAAGGCUUCUGAAUGGCUUUACAUAUCGUGAUGUUGUUUGCGAUGUUUUCUCUGGGGUUGGUCCAAUUGCUAUAUCAGCUGCAAAGAUAGUAAAACGUGUUUAUGCUAACGAUCUAAACCCAAUAGCAGUUGAAUAUCUAGAAAGAAAUUGUGUGUUCAACAAACUUGAGAAGAAAAUUAAGGUCUUUAACAUGGAUGGAAGGAGGUUCAUCCAGGCUAUAUUUUCAAGUGAUAAAGCUAACUCCAUCACACAAGUGGUUAUGAAUUUGCCAAACGAUGCUGCAGAGUACCUAGAUGCAUUCAGAGGAAUAUACACAGAUAGACCCAAGAAUGAAGAUUUCACUUUUCCAAUGAUCCAUGUUUAUGGAUUCUCCAAAGCUCAAGAUCCAGAGUUUGACUUUCAUGAGCGGCUUAGAAUUGCAUUGUCAGAAGUGGAGGUCAAUGUAGAGAUGCGUAGAGUACGCCUUGUUGCACCAGGAAAAUGGAUGCUAUGCGCAUCAUUUGUGCUACCUGAGAGUGUAGCAUUUGCAGAUACUACUAGGCUAGAUAUGUAAAAAGCUGAGGUAUGCUAUACCUAAGUUUUGUAUUGUAAUGUUCAAUUUAACUUUGCUAAUGUUCAUAUGGUUUAUUUAUUUAGUCAUUUUGCCAAUGUUCAUUAUGUUAUUGGUUUGAUUCUUGUAUAUUCUUCUGUAGAAAUAGGUCAGUAGUUAUUGCUCGGUGAGUAGAAAAGCUCAUCAAACUUUAUGCCAAAAUGGUUUCCUCUCCCUGACCAAGUAUUUAUUUCCUUCUGCUGCAUUCUAAACAGACUGGUUAAUGCCAAAAGAGAUGUAGAAAGUUAGAAACCAACCUUUUUUUUAACCGGGUUAAUGUUUUCUUCUUCUA